AGGUGUGUUUACAAUGGGAGGAAUCAGGAAGGAUUAAUCCAGCGGGUGACUGCACAGUUCCACCUGCCACAGAAGGACUCAAAAAAAAAAAAAGAGAGAGAGAAAAAAACGACCAAUGAUAUCCGUGUGGGAAAAUCCCAGGAGAUAAGGUUAAAAAAAGGGCGCUCUGCGAUAUAUACACACACACAUGUUGUAAGUCUUCCCAGAGAGAGAGAGAGAGAGAGAGAGAGAGAGAGAGAGAGAAAGGAAGACGGAUACAACAUCAUGGCUAUGGUUAAGAUUCCUACUGGGACUUUUCUGUUCGUCCUCAUCCUCACUGCCUUCAUCAUGGACACAGAAACAGCACGAUGCUGCUUUUCCUACACGCAGAAGCCGGUUCGCUGCGGCCGGCUGAAAGGCUACUCCAUCCAGGAGAUCACCGGAAACUGCGACAUCAGAGCUAUAAUAUUCGAGACCUGGAACGGGAAAUUCAUCUGCGCUGAUCCGAAGAUGAGAUGGACUCAAGACAGGAUCACGUGCCUACGGAAGAAGGCUGCAGUAAUGGGGGACACUGGAACGCUGAACUGAGGACGAGCUCCAGUUCACAGCUUUAACUUCAGACUCAGAAGUGAAAUUAUUACCACAUGAAGUCUUUAUUUUUCUUUAUUAGAGCAUCUUAAAGGUGUGCUUUUCUACUUCCAUUAGAAUUUUGGCCCCGUGUGGAGGCCACAGUCUUACAUUCACAUAUUGUGCACUUUGGUACUCAGAGGAUACCGAAGGAGUUUCUAAUACAAAGAUAUUUUGGUUUAUAUUAUAUAUAAAUAUAUAUUUUUUAAAUUACAAAUAUGAAAAGUAAACAAUGCCGUAUUUAUGGAUGUGGUUUGUCUUGGGGAAAUGCACUUCUUCCUUCUGUAUAAAUCACAAAAAUAAAUAUUUUUUUAACAAG